AUGAAUUCUGAGAAUAUGGAAAUGUGGAUCCGAGAUGCAAAGGCAGAUGGCAAGGACUAUGAGCUGCGCGAAAACACAGAGGACAGCUGGCAUUUGUUGAGCAAGACUGUGAUUAUCCAGGACACCAAUGGACACGGUACUUUUGCACUUAUGUAUGCUCCACAGUCCAAAUACCUCACGGAUGACUAUAACGACCGUGUAAGCAGACUCGUACCGGAAUUGAUUCGGGAGCUACACAACAAAGGCUCAAACCAAGAUGUUUUAAAGAGAGUCCUGACCCAGUUCCCUCCCGAUAAAGAACAUUUGACAAUAGCACACGCCUCUCACCAUCUCCGGGAUGACGAAAAUUCACAUCACAGUUAUCAUGAGAGCAAGUUCUCAUGCCGUUAUGCGUUGUUCAUAAGUAAAGCAGAAUCCGAACCCACUGAAUGGUUGGUUGCAGAAGAGCCGACUGAAGAUCUUAAGGAUCUGGUAACAAAACUCUAUGGGGGGUGUCAGGAAACAUUCAACGACAUCUAUAACUGCCUGGUGGUGGACGGCCGCUACAAUAAUGACCAGCAGUUGUACUCUUUGAAAGUGUUCCGAAAGACCAGAGAACAGCUUGAGAUUGACUUGCAGAGCUCUGAAAACGGAUCAUUGCUUAAACUCCCAAAAGAUGUGACUGAAUGA